AUAAGAGUUCAUCAGAACCUCGUCGUCAUUUAUGGUUACAGCGAUGUUUUGUGCAUCAUAUUCUCCAAUUACAUCUCUUCUCUACCCAAAAGCUCAAACAAAGUCGAAUUCGAAGAGAUUUUCCUCUCUGCGUGCUUCGUUACCAGUUGCUGAUAACAAGCUUAAAGUUGAAUACACACCAUGGCUUAUCGUUGGACUUGGUAACCCUGGAUUAAAGUAUUACGGAACAAGGCAUAAUAUUGGUUUUGAGAUGAUUGAUUAUAUAGCUCGAGCAACGGAGAUUUCUAUGAACACUAUACAGUCCAAGGCUUUAGUUGGGAUAGGUUCUGUUGGAGAAGUACCGAUUUUGUUGGUUAAACCUCAAGCAUACAUGAAUUUCAGCGGUGAAUCGGUUGGGCCGUUAGCGGCUUACUAUCAAAUACCCUUACGCCACAUUCUGAUGAUAUAUGAUGACAUGGGUUUGCCUAAUGGUGUCUUGAGGCUUCAACCAAAAGGAGGUCAUAGCCAACAUAAUGGAUUGAAGAAUGUGACAGAACAUUUAAAUGGUUGUCGCGGUUAUCCCCGCUUAUCAAUCGGAAUUGGAAAUCCACCAGGUAACAUGGACAUGAAAGCGUUUCUUCUCCAGAAAUUCAGCCCCUUGGAGCGUAAACAGAUUGAUGCGGGACUAGAACAAGGUGUUGAAGGUGUGAAGACACUUGUUGAAGAGGGAUUUAGUGACUCAAUAUCUCGAUUCAAUUUGAAGCAGAAAUACAAGUUUCACACAGUUUGAGUCCUUCACAUUUGCUUCAUCGUAAUACCUGUCAUAGUAACUCCAUAGUCCAACAUUGUUCUUAUGCUUAGUCUUUGUCUAGCUGAUAGGUAAUAUUAUAACCUUUUGAUUCUCUAUGAUCAAUUUUAUUGAUAUAUAAUUUUGUGAUAUGAGUUUAUUGAUCCAAUUCAAUCAACAGUGACAAAAAAA